AUGGUUCCUUUCUUGUCGUCAGAGGUCCAGCAGCUGCUGCACAACAAGUUCGUGGUUGUCCUGGGAGACUCCAUCCAGAGGUCCGUGUACAAGGACCUGGUACUUCUGUUGCAGAAAGACUCCCUACUGACGGAAGCCCAGCUCAGGGCCAAGGGGGAGCUGAGCUUCGAGCAGGACCGUCUGAUGGCAGGGGGGCAGCUGGGUGGGCUACACAAUGGGACUCAUUAUCGCGAGGUCCGCCAGUUCCUGUCCAGUUCAGGCCACCACCUCCUGCGAUUCUAUUUUCUCACCCGAGUCUAUUCAGCUUAUGUGGAGGAUAUCCUGGCUGAGUUUGAGCGGGGGCCACCUCCUGACCUGGUCAUCAUAAACUCCUGCCUCUGGGACCUCUCCAGGUAUGGUGGCGAUGCCAUUAGAAGUUACCAGGAAAACUUGGAAUGUUUGUUUGAAAGGAUGGAACAAGUGCUGCCUGCCUCCUGCCUUCUGGUCUGGACCCUGGCCAUGCCACUGGCUAAGCGCCUCACAGGAGGCUUUCUGCUGCCCGAGCUACGGCCAGCGACGGGCUCUCUACGUGCCGACGUGUUGGAAGCAAACUUCUACUGUUCAAUGCUGGCACACGGGCACGGCUUCGAUGUGCUUGAUCUGCACUUCCACUUUCGACACGCAGUUCGGCAUCGGAGUUUGGAUGGCAUCCACUGGGACCAGCAUGCCCACCGCCACGUCUCACAGCUAUUGCUGGCUCAUGUGGCUGAGGCCUGGGGGGUAGAGGCUCCCUGCCGGAGUACCCAUGUUAGGGAGUGGGGUGAGGUGCAGUCCUCCCUAGAAUGCCCAGUCCAAAGGCCCAUAGGAGCUUCAUCCUGGAGGCAUCCAGCACAGCCACCCUGGAGAGAUCCAGCCCAGGCAGCUGAGGAACCUCGUUCUUGGAAUGAGUCGUCACUUGCUGCCCAGGAGUGGUCCCGCUUGGAGCAGCCAGUACAAACGGCUCCUGCAUCCUGGAGAGGUUCAUCUCAGAGGACUGAGAGGUUGCUUUCCUUCGAGCCGGUAGCCCAACAGACUGAUUGUCCCCUGACCCGGCUGGAUAGGCAGCUCCAGCCCCAGGUCCUGCCUCCAUCCCAAGUCCCGCCCUUGCCCCAACCCUUACCCGUCCAUUCGCCUCAAGUCCUCCCUCAAGACAGCUGCUUCUUCUCAGAUAAUCCUGUCCUGCCUGGCUACCUCCCCCUCAACUACGUAGCCUUCAGUGAUUCCUUACCUCCUCCUCCUCCUGCGUUGGAUUACACACCUGCCCCCUGUCCUCCUGCCCAAUCUGUUCCUCGCUAUGGACAGCGCCACAAUCUGGUAAUGAGUCGUGUCCAGCGCCAUGUGCCUAAUGGCCCAUAUAGCCGCUCAAGGCAGGGAGGCCUCAGUAGGCAGUGGUUCAGACAUGGCCAAACACAAUGA